CAACACGGGACCUGGAAUUAAGAAGAGGACUCCAGCCCAGUACAAUGACAGAAGAUAAGAUCACUGGAACUUUGAUUUUUGCUGUCUUCACUGCUGCCCUGAGUUCCUUCCAGUUUGGGUAUGACAUUGGUGUGAUCAAUGCACCUCAAGAGAUAAUAAUAUCCCAUUAUAGACAUGUCUUGGGGAUUCCACUGGAUGACCGAAAGGCUACCAACAACUAUGCUGUCAACAGCACAGAAGCACUGCCCACAGUCACAUACCCAGCGAACCUAGUACCAGCUGGGGAAGAGGCUAUGGCAUCUGCUGGCCUAAUCACCAUGCUCUGGUCCCUGUCUGUGUCCAGCUUUGCAGUUGGUGGAAUGAUUGCAUCAUUUUUUGGUGGAUGGCUUGGGGACAAGCUUGGAAGAAUCAAGGCCUUGAUGGUAGCAAACAUUCUCUCAUUAGCUGGAGCUCUUUUGAUGGGGUUUUCCAAAUUGGGACCAUCUCAUAUUCUUAUAAUUGCAGGAAGAAGCAUAUCAGGACUCUACUGUGGGUUAAUCUCAGGGCUGGUUCCAAUGUAUAUUGGUGAAAUUGCUCCAACCACGCUCAGGGGUGCUCUUGGCACUUUUCACCAGCUAGCCAUUGUCACGGGCAUACUUAUUAGUCAGAUUGUUGGCCUUGAGUUUAUCCUGGGCAAUCAUGAUCUAUGGCACAUCCUGCUUGGCCUGUCUGCUGUGCGGGCCCUCCUCCAGUUUCUGCUACUCUUCUUCUGUCCAGAAAGCCCCAGAUAUCUUUAUAUCACGUUGGAAGAAGAAGCAAAAGCAAAGCAAAGCUUAAAAAGACUCAGAGGAAGUGAUGAUGUCACCAAAGACAUAAAUGAGAUGAAAAAAGAAAAAGAAGAAGCAUCAAGUGAGCAGAAAGUCUCCAUAAUUCAGCUCUUCACUGAUUCUAGCUACAGACAGCCUAUCAUUGUGUCAUUGAUGCUGCAUGCGGCUCAGCAAUUUUCUGGAAUCAAUGGGAUAUUCUACUACUCAACCAGCAUUUUUCAGACAGCUGGAAUCAGCAAACCUGUUUAUGCAACCAUUGGAGUUGGUGCCAUCAACCUGGUUUUCACUGUUUUCUCUGUAUUGCUUGUGGAGAAGGCAGGGCGGCGCUCUCUGUUUCUAAUUGGAAUGAGUGGGAUGUUUUUCUGUACCAUCUUCAUGUCACUGGGACUUGUUCUUCUGGAUAAGUUUGCUUGGAUGAGUUACGUGAGCAUGACGGCCAUCUUCCUCUUUGUCAGUUUCUUUGAAAUUGGACCAGGCCCCAUCCCCUGGUUCAUGGUGGCCGAGUUUUUCAGUCAAGGACCACGCCCCACCGCUUUAGCACUAGCUGCAUUCAGCAACUGGUUCUGCAAUUUCCUUGUAGCUCUGUGUUUCCAGUACAUUGCGGACUUCUGUGGACCUUAUGUGUUUUUCCUCUUUGCUGGGGUGGUCCUGGCCUUUAUAGUGUUUACGUUUUUUAAAGUUCCAGAAACCAAGGGAAAGUCUUUUGAGGAAAUCGCUGCCGAAUUUCGAAAGAAGAGUGGUUCAGCCCCAAGGCCAAAAGCGGCUGUAGAAAUGGAAUUCCUUGGAGCUACAGAGACUGCAUAAAGAUGACUGCUUUUUUAUAUGAACAGGAAGGAAACUGUUUUUAAGUGACUCCUUGAGAAUUUUGUAUCUACAUCUUCAAGUAUGCUUUAUUUUU